AUGGCAUCUCCCCCCAUCCCUGCCCACAGAGGACGUGUCCCCUGGCAGGGGCUCCUGCUGGCCGUCUCGCUCUUAAUCUUCUGGAGUCCGCCCGCCAGUGCCCAACUUAGUGUUCAGUCGAUCAAUACUGCUGAAGGGAAAACUGUGGUUCUACGUAUGCUCAAUAGACCUCCCAGAACUGCAGGCUUCGUUUGGUACAAAGGAUUAAAGACCGACUACAGACAUUUUAUUGUAUCUGUUGCGUGGCACAUAAGACGAUACAGAACAGGUCCUGAAUACAACGGCCGGCAGGUAGCAAAUCUUGAAGGAUCCCUGAUCAUAAACAAGGUCGACCUGAGUGACUCAGGAAUCUACACUGUAAUAGCCUACCUUCACGAUUCAAACAAAGAAAUUGGAUUUGGACAUCUCAAUGUAUACCAGCCUGUGAGAAUGCCCACCCUCCUAGCCACCAACACCGAAGUCACAGAACAGAAGGACUCCGUGGUCAUGACCUGCUACACAGAUGCGCUCUCCACCCACUGGUUGUUCAAUGCUGAGCAUCUGACGCUUCGACACGACAGGAUGAAGCUCUCCGACGACCACAAAACCCUCACAAUAGACCCUGUCAGGAGAGAGGAUUCUGGGAACUACCAGUGUAAAGUCUCCAACCCCAUAAGUUCCAUUGAAAGUGCGCCCGUCGAGCUAGAUGUGAAUUACUAG